UCUCCCAAUCUGCAGGCUGUGUUCAAGAAGAAAAAAUUCCAGAGCACACUUAGGCCUUUCACCUCUGGAUUCAAACUGGAGGACUACAUUAUAGGAAAGCAGAUCGGUAAAGGCUCCAACGCGGCCGUGUAUGAGGCUGCAGCUCAGUUCGCCCGCCCUCAGCGGUCUGAAGACAACGCUUCGCUGCAGGAACUAAAGGAUAACGAAGAGGAAGUCCAGGCGGUGCGAUCGGCAGCAUGCUGCUCCCUAAGAAAUUUCCCCUUGGCUAUAAAAAUGCUGUGGAACAUUGGGGCUGGAUCAUCAAGUGAGGCUAUAUUGAAAUCUAUGUCACAAGAGCUUGUACCUGCUGGCCCUCUCGCCUUAAAGCAGGAUAAGGAGCACAUCACUCUGGAUGGACACUUUGGUUCCCUUCCUAAAAGAGUCUCAGCUCACCCAAACGUGAUCAGAGUGCAUCGAGCUUUCACGGCAGAUGUGCCGCUGCUACCAGGCGCCCAGGAAGAGUAUCCAGAUGUGCUGCCACCCAGACUCAACCCUGCAGGCCUUGGAAACAAUCGCACUCUUUUCCUUGUCAUGAAGAACUAUCCAUGCACAUUACGUCAGUACCUGCAGGUUUCCACACCCAGCCGCUGGCAGGGCUCUUUAAUGGUGCUGCAGCUCCUAGAGGGGGUGGACCAUCUGUGCAGGCAGGGUGUUGCUCACAGGGAUCUGAAGUCAGACAACAUUCUGCUGGAGUUUGAUUCAGGUGGCUGCCCCCGUUUGGUAAUCACUGACUUUGGCUGCUGCCUCACUCAGAAUGACUGCAGCCUACAGCUGCCGUUCAACAGCAUGUAUGUCGAUAAAGGAGGGAAUGUUUCACUCAUGGCUCCUGAGGUGAUGACAGCAGUGCCAGGUCCUGGUGUGGUGAUUGACUACACCAAAUCUGAUGCCUGGGCUGUGGGGGCAAUCUCCUAUGAGAUAUUUGGACUGCAUAACCCUUUUUAUGGAGCCGCUGGACUGCAAAGCACAAACUAUCAGGAGAAGCAGCUCCCUCCUCUGCCUGCUCGCGUUCCAGCCGAUGUGCAGUUAGUUAUAAGCCUGCUUCUCAGAAGGAACCCAAAAAAGCGUCCAAGCGCUCGUGUAGCAGCCAACAUGCUCGCCCUAAGCCUCUGGGGUCGCAGGGCCCUGGCCAAUCAGGACAGCGCUGGCAUGAGAAAACUGGCUGAUUGGCUGCUGUGCCAGUCUGCUGUGGUUCUCCUGCAGGGCUGCAGUGGACCCAGUGGGAACAGAGUGGAGGCGGAGCUACAGAGGAGCUUUCUGUCAAACCUAGAGCUGGAAGACCUGCGCGCUGCUGUAGGCUUCCUCCUUUACGGGCGAGAGAAAAGCCACGCCUGCAUCAUGUUUGCAUAGAUUCACACUUUAAAUUACAACCUUAAAGUAAAACUCCCUCAUCUGCUGUCUGCAUUACUCCCACUAGUUAAUAAACUGUGAGGUGUUAUGUCUAAUAUCCAUCAGUUUGAGCACUUUUUUCUGUUUGCUGUGUUUUUAAUUGGUGUUAUACACAAUAUGCCUGCAAAAAUCUUUAAAUAAGUUUGACUUGUUGUGUUCAAGAAAAGCUUCCAACAACCUUCAUGAAAAUUGCAUCAUAUCUAACAAGUACUUUGCAUUGAUAUUUUAAAAAAAAAUGCCACCAGUGUCCCUGCAUCUAGUUUUCAUUAAAGUAUUUCCCCCAAAACGAGUCAUCGGUUAAUGGAAAGUACUGGUGGCUGCUUGUUUUUUUUGUUUUAAGAGUUGAAAACCCUCAAACCUGCAGUCAUUUUUAAACCCUAGUAAAAGUUUAGGUUAAUGGAGAUAUUUUAAAUUAAUUAAUAAUACUA